AUGCCAUUGGAGGCUGGGGUCAUAUCAACGUUGAUCAGAUCACCUUCUCCAACACGCGCGACGAAACAGGUUGCGAACUGGAUUGGUCGGGGCCCAGGCUUCUACGCGGCGCUUGGGUUCAACGGCCUCCUCCGUGACGAGCGCACUAUCGUCGCGUGGAUGAAUAACUGGCGCCUUGCGCUCAAGACAAUUAAUGGAACGACAGCUAUGAUCCAGGAGCCUACAGGGAAAUGGAAGGCACUGGUGAUUGAGUUGACAUUUUCCAACAGAGAGCCAUCCUCGACGGCUAAGGCAGAGUUCAAAAUCGCCGUUGCUGCUAGCAAGGACUAUAGCCAUGAAACGAGAGUCGGAUACCACUUUUCGAUCCAGCCGGACGUUAUUGGCCAGACACAAUCAGGGGAUGUCUCAUUUGAUGCAGAUGUAACUGUUUUCCUCCGGGUUUUUGUUGACUGGUCGAGUGUUGACGUCUUUGGUGGUCAUGGCGAGGCGAGCCAAACUUUUCCUUCGAAAGAUGCCGUGGAUAGUCGUCUCUAUUCUACUGGCGGGGAAACUCGCAAUGUCAAGCUGCGAGUAAGGGAGGUGCGCUCUACACUGUGA